GUUGUAGUUGGUCGUUCUUACUCGCAAAUUGUAUGGACUCAAACAAAUGCUAUAUACAAUUUGUAUAAGCUACUCGAAUCUCAAAUAUGCAACGCCUUGUAUCUAAAAGUUCGCUCUCGCUCAACGGAUACGGAUACAUCUGCGGCGGACUGGACUGGGAUUAACGCUAAUUCGAUUUUGAUUGCCGCCAGGGGGCAUCGAUGCGUAAAAGGCAGCUGCUACUCCUCUCCGACGAAGGAAACCGAAUACCACCAGCUGUGUCGUAUCCUCGCCAGUCGCAAACAAGAACAACAGGGGCACACGAUCGCAUCGGAGGAUCACAAAAGGCUCGUGCCAUAUGAACCAGGGGGUUGGUGAUAGCGCCUCCUGAAAGAAGUACCGACUCAUGCUCAUACCCGUGCGGUCGGGCGUCGAGACAAAGUGAUCCUGCCGCAAGGAGCAGGACGAGCCGCUUAUCAGCCAUGCAUGGAAAUCGGGGUGGCUGAGGGUUGCAAACACGCGUUCUUAUCUUAAAGCUCGGGCUGUCGGCUCGAGAGGGUGACGAAAUAGAGCAGAUGUGCAAACAACGGCCCCGAUGACUGAUGACUGACGAAACCCAGCAAUUACACCUUGACGGGAGGCGAUAGUUUCCAACGAACGACGCGUGCUCGGCACACUUGGGGAACCUGGACAGGAGCCACUCUCGCCAGGCCACUCAGAUUCCGGCUCCGACUCAAAGGUUCCAAAUUCCCAGUAUUACAAUGUCGGUGGACAACAGCUUAGGAAUCCUCGACUUCAGUUUGGCUAAGGAGAGUGAGAAAACAGCAAUGACAGCAGCAAGCGUAUACAAAACGUCAGACAAGGAAAAUGACCCGGAUCCCCACCUAACGGGCAUAGUCACCACCGGAGCCAUGGCCCAGCCAGCCACGCCCACUUCCGCGAUUGCAGCGGCACUGCCGCCGACGCCCACUCCAGCAGCAGGUCAGGAUGUGGCCGACGGCGGGAGCACGGACCUCAAGUUCCAGUCGUACGUGAAUGGCAAUGGCAAUGGGGUGUACAAGAUCAUCAAGACCCUGGGCAAGGGUAACUUCGCCAAGGUCAAGCUGGCGAUCCACGUGCCCACCGGUCGGGAGGUGGCCAUCAAGGUGAUCGACAAGACUCAACUGAACACCAGUGCCCGGCAGAAGCUGUACCGCGAGGUGAAGAUCAUGAAGCUGCUGAACCACCCCAAUAUCGUGCGCCUCUUCCAAGUGAUUGAGUCGGAAAGGACGCUCUACCUGGUAAUGGAGUACGCCAGUCGGGGCGAGCUGUUCGAUCACCUGGUGAAGAACGGAAGGAUGCGGGAGCGAGAUGCCCGGGUCAUUUUCCGGCAGUUGGUGUCCGCCAUCCAGUACUGCCACAGCAAGUUUGUGGUCCACCGCGAUCUGAAGGCGGAGAACCUGCUGCUGGACCAGCACAUGAACAUUAAAAUCGCUGACUUUGGUUUCGGCAACACCUUCGAUCCCAAUGCUCAGCUAGAGACCUUCUGCGGAAGUCCACCGUACGCAGCCCCCGAACUGUUCAUGGGCCGAAAGUACGCCGGACCAGAGGUGGAUGCCUGGUCGCUGGGAGUGGUGCUGUACACCCUGGUUAGUGGAUCUCUCCCCUUCGAUGGUGGCACCCUGAAGGAGCUGCGUGAACGCGUCCUUCGCGGAAAGUAUCGUGUGCCCUACUACAUCUCCAUGGACUGCGAGAACCUGAUGAGGAAGUUCCUGGUCCUGAAUCCCGCCAAGCGCACUUCCUUAUCGGCUGUCAUGUCGGACAAGUGGAUAAACUUGGGCCACGACGAGGGCGACAAACUGCGGCCGUUUCGGGAGAAGCCCAUGGAGCUGCAGGAUGCCCCUCGCUUCGACUUGCUGGUGAGCAUGGGCCACAAGCGCCGGGAUGUGGAACAGUCGGUGAAGGGGCAGCAGUUCGACGACAUCUACUGCACCUACAUGCUGCUGGGCGUGGCCAAGCCGCGCUCCUCGAACCGCAGCGCCAAAUUGGAGGCAGUGGCAUCAGCAGGGGACAUAGCUACUCCACCAGUCAGCAUCCCGCUCACGAAUAUCACCACACCCACUGUUACCAUAGCUCAAGUGACGCUCGCUCUGGACAAGAAUCCGACCACCCACUCUGCGUCCGUUUCGAGUCGCCCCGUAGCUCCUCGUUUGGCAAGUGUCCCCAUUACGCCCACUUCGACACCGCCCUCGGGACCGCCAGCCAAGCCCACCCGCCGCACUCCGGCCAGGACACCAGCCCGCAAGGCCACCAACCAAGGACGACCCGAGCCAUCGAGCCUGCCUCACACGCCGCAGUCCAAGAGGGCCAGUGCCAACAUGGACGUGAAGCCGACCCUGCUGAGUGCCCAGCGACAGUUGGCCCAGACCCAGAAGCUGGCCAGCACGCCGCCCCGGCUUCAAUACCCCGGUGCUGCUACUCCAAAUCCAGCUCAGGGAUCCUCGAGAAGGCCCACGACGCUCUACGAGAAGGCAGAGCCGGCGGUCACGCCCCUUUUGGUGCCCAAGUCGCCGGCCAUGGGAGGACGGCUGAUGGAACGGAUUCCAGCAGCGGCUGCGGUGGAACGGGCUUCUGAAAAACCCUUCACUCGACACAACGUGGCGCGGGCCACCUUUCACUUCGGCCAGGCACGGAGUGGGAAACGGGGUGGAGGAGGGUCAGGAGGUGGUGCUGGCGGCGAGGAGGACAGCUACCAGACGCCACCCCUGUCCGCCGAUGACACCAAGCCCGCCUCGCGCGUGGGAUUCUUCUCCAAGCUGACCGCUCGCUUCGGCAGACGGGUGAUCCACCUGAACGAGAAGGAUGUCACCGAGCAGCGCAAGAACCUCACCAAAUAG